GCGGGGCGGUCGCGAGCCAACUAACCCGACGCUUCGGGUGUGCAUACAAGCCGUCGCUGCUAGCAUCGCCUCCUCAGCCACAUCACACUCCACCAAUUCAUUCAAACAAAGACUACUUCGUUGUUGGACAUACUCACUAAAACGGCCUGCAAACAUAUGUCGAGCGCGCUCUGCACGCUAGACAUGGGCAUCAUCAAUCUCUAUUUACUUCUCACAUCUCUCCACAGAAGUCACGCCAAGAUACGCCGUGUAAUCCUACCGUUUAGUAAUUUACACAGUAACAAGUCUAAUCCCGUUUACACAACUGCAUCACCAAGCCCCAAGCCCCAAGCCCAUCUCGCUUUCGAAACCACUCCAACACACCUUCAUUCCACCAUGCGCUUCAUCAACUUUACAACGCUCUUCGUUGUCAGCGUUGCGAGCAUUCCAACCAACGAUGCGAAUGCUCACGCCCGACUUUCGCACCUCGUAAACAGGCAGACUUGCCCAGGAAGUGCCACCUGUUCCUUCGGCAUAGACGCUUGCGAUCAAGCCUGUCGCGAUCAAGGAAAGCGGGUUCUUUACUGCAAUGCUCAGUGCGAGUGUAUUUGCGACCGCCUUUAGUGAGGUGUCGGGUAUCUACAAGACGAUAGGUUUAGCUGAGCCUCCUGCGUGUGGUUUGUUUGUUGCGUACUUGACGACUCUAAGCUAGCACUUUGUAUUUCGAGCGUCGGUUUCCACGUGGCUUGCUCGAUCAAUUGUACCCCGAUCUCUUGCCUAUUUGCUCUCCUACAAGUCCGUUUAGCCGUAUACAAGCAGACAACACGUAGUUGCUUACUAUGACAUUCCACCAUACAAUAAUCAGUCUUGGGACUCCGUGAC